CUGAAGGUACUUCGAACAACCAGUCUGAGACGUCCUAUUAAUCUGGUCCCCCUUGCUAACAUGUGCAGACCAUUGCCGACAGGCCUCACAUUGCAUUCUGGGAUACCUUCCGCCCUUUACCUGCUCUUAGCUAAUUAGUUUUUAGCCGUGCUCUUGCACAAUAAUCGGUCUUGUGCUGCUGCCUUCCCUCCCUGUUCUGAGGCAAGUGCUAGUUUGAGCACUUUUUUCCCCCGCCUGUGUGUCGUCCUUAUUCCCCUGUUUUUUAUCGUCCUCCAAAAGCCAUCCAAUUAAUAUGCUAAUGAGCUGAUAAAUAUUUAUAGGGAUUUAAAUUAUGCAGAAAGCUUUCAGAGCCUGGUGUGAAAUGCGCCGCUCGCAGGACUUCAAAGCCUUGCAUUGCUAACGAGGUAGGGGCAAAUUUGCAUACGGCUUUAAUCAGCUGAAUACUGAUUAUGCUUCAUUAUAGAGCUGGAGAUGUGGGGAGGGGGUGGCGGUUGGAGGAGACCGCCAGCUGCACUUGUCAUUUGUUUCAUUCCAGAAAGAGAGGUUGAACUUUUUCAGAAGUACAGACAAUCUUGGCGAGAGAGAGAGAGAGAGAGAGAGAGGUGAUGAGAGGGAGGAAUAGCAAAGUAGGCACUGUAAAAGGGAGAGGGGCAGCAAAGCUAAAAGUAAGAAAGUACAGAGAGAGGGAGAGCUGUUAGCCUGAACCCUGCUGGCUUCCCCAGUGUGUGUGUCCCAGUGUUGGUCAGUGGACCGUGUGGUGGACAGUGCCGCUGUGUCUGUGUGUCGCUCCGCUUGCCGCUGAUCAGUGGAGGGUGAAGAGUGGGAGGAGGAACAGAGCGCCGGACGCCCUGCCGGUGGGUUUGCCCGGCUGAGGCGAUUUCCCAGGCUAGUCUCUGCAGCCAUGCUCGAAAACCCAGCCGGAGCGAGCGCGGAUGCUAAAGUGAAUAAUCAGUCAGGAACUACUAAAUGUGCAAUGGAAAGUGGUGACGGGAACACCGGAAUCCAAAUCAAUGGGUUUGACUUUCAGAGGCAGACGGUGCCGACCACAAGUGCAAUCACGAAUGCACACGCACAAGCCAUCCUCCAACAGUCUAAGUCUGAAGACUCGAGCGCUCUUCCGACCUCCGUCCAGCAGAGCGUAUUGCCUCAAACUCAGCUAAUGUUGGCCGGGGGACAGAUUGCAGGAUUGACCCUGACCCCAGCGCAGCAGAUGUUGAUCCAGCAGGCCCAAGCUCAGUUCCUGGCUGCAGCCGUGCAGCAUUCAGCCAACCAGCAGAACGGCAUCACCGGGUCCAGCAUCUCGUCCCCCGCAGCCACACCCAUCAGCCAGCUGCCCCUGUCGCAGCCCAUCCAGAUCGCCUCUCAGCUACAGCCGCAGAAUCUCAGUCUGCCUCAGUUUGUCCUGCUGCAGCCCGGCCACCCGAUCGCCACACUACAGCAGCCUACGCAAUUCAUCAUCUCACAGCCAACACAGGCCCAACAGAGCAUAUUGCAAGCCCAGAGUCUUCUAAAUCUACCUCAAAGCCAAGCUAACCUCCUGCCGACUCAACAAAGCCUCACCCUUGCAACUCAGCCUGCCACUCCAACCCGCACAACAGCAUCCACACCCAUUCAGUCCUUAUCCCACACUCAGACGACAUCCAAGCGGUUGGACACGCCCACUAUGGAGGAGCCCAGUGACCUGGAGGAACUAGAACAGUUUGCCAAGAUCUUCAAACAGAGGCGCAUCAAACUGGGCUUCACACAGGGCGAUGUUGGCCUGGCCAUGGGGAAGCUAUAUGGAAACGACUUCAGCCAAACCACCAUCUCUCGCUUUGAGGCCUUGAAUCUGAGCUUUAAGAACAUGUGCAAACUCAAGCCAUUGCUGGAGAAGUGGCUCAACGAUGCAGUUUGUGCAGAGACCCUGACAUCGGACCAGUCCCUGUCCAGCCCCAGUGCCCUGGGCUCCCCGGGCAUGGGCAUCGAGGGGAUCAACCGCAGACGAAAGAAGAGGACCAGUAUUGAGACCAACAUCCGAGUGGCCUUAGAAAAGAGCUUUCUGGAGCAGAACCAAAAACCUACCUCUGAAGAGAUCACCAUGAUCGCCGAUCAGCUCAACAUGGAGAAGGAGGUGAUUCGGGUUUGGUUCUGCAAUCGCCGUCAGAAAGAGAAGAGGAUCAACCCUCCCAGCAGCGGAGGAGGGGGCUGCACCCCCAUCAAAACCCUCUAUACCCCCAGUAGCCCUUUAGUGGCCAGCACAGCAAGCCUUGUGAGCAGUCCAACUAUCAACACACCCACCACUCUGACUGUAAACUCAGUGAUGCCUCUCACCAGCACCAGCGUCUCCAGUUUGUCGUUCACAGGCACAAACACUGCGUCCGUCAUUUCCACGGCGCCGAUAUUCACUACCGCAAGCUCGCCGUCUCUAAGUCCCUCGCCGACGACCAUUCAGUCCGGUAACUCGGAGAGCAAGGUACAGACCAUCCUCAACCAGGUCCCGGCAUCCAUAGCCACCACUCUGGGGACGGGUCAAGUGAUGGUGUCGCCGUCGGGGCUGUCUGCGGCGCUGCAGGGCGCGCAGUUACCCGGCAGCUUCGCUGCUAUGGCUGCUGCUGCCGGGCUCAACUCGGGGCUGAUUUCAUCCUCCCAGUUCUCUCCGGGGGGUGCCCUGCUCAGUCUGACCGGAGGCCUUGGCGGCGGUCUGAGUCCUGCCCUCAUGAGCAACAGCACCUUGGCUACCAUCCAAGGUGUGUAUCAGUCUCUGGCUUCGGGUGGCAUCACUUCCCUGGACGGCAACCUGCUGUUUGCCAACACUUCUGGCACGCCGAUCUUCUUGACCCCCCAGAACCUGUCGGUGCUCACCAGCUCCCCCCUCAGCCUGGUGUCGGCUGGGCCAGGGGGGCUGCAGGUCACGUCUGAUGGUCAUCAUCAAUCCAGCGCGGCCACUGUGCCGGUGCAGGCCUCGACCAUCACCACUGCCUCCAAGGCUCAGUGAAGCCGGCUGGGCUGCGUCCAGGGUCGACGCCGUGUUUCCCCCAUCGUGCACUACUCUCACACCUCGUAGGGAGGCUGUUGGGUCUCGGCUCUGCGCCUCACUAACCACCCAACAUUCUUUCCACUGUAUCUAUCAUUAUUUUAUCCUUUUGCUGCCACCAAAAAGAAAAUGACCUCAAAUGAGGUUGAGGUUGACUUUUUUUUUUACCGUUUUAUUUUUUUCCCUGUUCCUUUUCAUGAUUCUUGGAUGUUUUUUUUUUUUCCCACCAACAGCAGCCAGAUGGACACUGUUGUUGACCUGCGGCUCCUCGUGAACCUUGAGAAAUGUCCAGGAAAAAAUAUAUAUAUCCUCGGCCCCAUCUAGUUGUUAACAUUUUGACACAUCAAAUUUCCAGGUCAGAAUUUCGUCUGAAAUACCAAAAACUUUACGAUUUUCCUCUUUAACAUUUAAACUGAACGAUUUACUACUAAUUUCACUAUAUUCAUCAUCACUAAUGGGGAUUUGUGUCACCCAAUCUUUGAUUAACUUAACACACUUUUUUAUUUCUUGUCUUUUUUUUUUUUUUUUAUACAUCUUCAGAACUUUGUAAAUCUAGUAAGUUUUUAUUUUAUUUUUAAUCGUGGUUAUAAGGCUUUAAAAACAAGUAAUAAGUGGCCGAUACAAAGGUUAUCACUGCUUUAAGGGUCGGAGGGGCGAGACGCGUCCCUCCGAGUCUCUCCUUCUGGAAACACUGAGUUUUACACUUUGCUGCGGUGGCAGAGUUGCUUUUGUAAACUGCGGUCUUCAGAGCGAUGGUGUUGUGGAUGGACGUCUGUUCGGAGAACUGUACAUUUAGUUUGGAGUCGGAGGUAGAGAAGUCUGCAUGUGUCGUCUACAGCUCGGGCAGAUGCCGAGAGUUGGCUAGCUGCAUGAUCCACAAGGCUGACCGGCCUGUUUUUUGGGGAGGACUAGUUGGGGGGGUGGUCAUCAUACCGAGUGUAUGGUGGCAUUGGCUAUGUAGGGUCUAUUGUAUUGUGUUCUUUGUUUUGUUUCUUUGAUAGUAGUACCGUCGUAUCUACUUGUGCACAGUAUCUGUACCAAAAAACUGGAUUGAUGAGCUGCAGUCUGCCUGUCUUGGGAGGAAUGGAUCGUUUUUAUUUUUCUGCAGUCAUUCGACUGGCUUACGUACUAAGAUAUACCAAAAAUAUUUGUUCAAAUAAUUGCUGUGUGUAGUCGGUGUAGGGUUAGUGUAGUCAGUAUAUUUAUGAGUACAAAAUCUCUCUUCUUGUCAACAGAAUAUAGAAAUGCAAUAUUUUUGAUUACUUUCCAAAGAUUACCUUUUUUUAUUAUUUGACAAAGUGUCUCAUCGCUCAACUUUUGAAUUGGCAGCACAACUGACCAGAAAGAGGGUGAUUGGUGGGUUGGGGCAUGAGAACGUUUAUUUUAUUUUCAUCACUGGGGCCUCGCCCCCUAACGCCUGAUCUUGGUUAUCGCCCGGCCAUUUGAUUUCACUUUCCUUUUUUUUAGUAGCAGUUUUUGACUUUUCUGAAGCGUUCAUGGAAGAGUUUUGGGUUUGUACUAAAAUUCAGCCAUAAAACAGCAGCUUAAACCAAAGUGGUUUUCCUCAGUAGUUUCUGUACCUGUCCGAGCACGCAAGUUGACUUGCGUUGUUCACGCUAUCUCUAUUCCCCACACUGCUGAAUUAUUUCCCCUGUUGUCCCACCGCCGUCGUUGCCGGAUAACCCUGAUUUGUUGCUGCUGGAUAAGGAUCACAGAAACUUUAGCUUUAACAACUUGCUGCUGGAACUCCUGGUGCAGAGGAGCUGUUGAAAGGCACGCUUGCUCCCUUAUAGCUUUAUGACCACACAGGCUUUGUGGUUCAGACCUCCUGUCUAAUAGAAACGUAUGAAUUGGGCCUUCAAAUAACCAAAUACUAUCCCUCCUCUCAGCGCCGCCAUUCUGAGCCAGCAUGCUAUGGGAAAUAUAUAUAUCCCGCUCUCUAAAUCUGCCUGUAGAAUAAUGAACCAAAGUCGACCAAACUACACGCGCAACGUAGCCUCGCUGUGCUACAUCCAAAAAACAAACAAAUCACCACGGCGAUGAUAUCACCGAGACCGUAAGCAGCGUGAUCUGUCACGUGUAUCCUCUAGUGUACUUUUCUUUUGAAUUAUUUUGACAGAAUAUACCUCAGCAGCACUUAAACAUAAGGUUCACCUUUAGGCAUUUCUGUGUAUAGAACCAUGUAGAAUGUGUAAUCAUUGUCUGGCUCACCAUUCAAACUUUAUACUGAUAAACCACAUAUAAAAAGACAACCUACUACUGCUAUUUUCUAGUACUACUAUUUAUGGGGUAUUUCCAGGUUUAAUAUUAUUUUGAGAUCCUUCUUGCCAAAGUAAAAGCCUUUCUCUUUGCAGCUAGGCAGGUGUCCGGCUGCUGGCCCCGGCGGGCCUAAAGGACCCGGUCCUGUUCCAGUGCUGUUUGUAGUUACUAAAGAGUCGAACAUGUGCUCGCAAGAUAAACCAGUGGCCAUCGGCACCAUAGGAUGUUACUGAGAUAUUUAUCUGAAUUGGAGAAACAAUUUUUUCUUAAUUCUACACAUAUAAAUAUAUAUAUAUAUAUAUACCCUUGUAAGAUAUUCAUAUUUUAUAUUUGAACCAGUAUGUUAUCAAGACUGAAUGUAGUGUUUAUCAUGCUUACUCGAAAAAGAGAAAAAAAACUCCCCUCAAUCUUUUUAUUUUUUACUAUUGCAAGAAUCUUUAUCAUUUUUUUUAUUCACAAAAACUGACGACCAAAAACGAGAAUACACCUGAGACCGCUCCUCUGGUGCGCAUGACACCUGCAGGGUCUUUUAAUGGGAAGCUCCUGACUGAAGCAUCUGAUCUUAAUCUUUUAAUAGAUUCUUUUUUUUUUGUCGUGGACUUGAUUUGUUGUGCUGUCUUUAACAAUCAUUUAAAAUAUUUUUUAUAUUACUUUAUGCCUUAAUUGUUUUGUAUAGUGUGAGAGGGCAAGAUCACUGGCUUUCUUAGUUUGACAAAGAAGAUUAACAUUAUCAUUUAUGCCUUAUUGUUACGUAGAAGACAUGAGCAUUGUAGCAUUGUUUUUGUGUGAGUGUGAGAGAGAGUGUGUGAGAGAGAGGUGAGCUCACCUGGUGCAUUGUUUUUACUGUAACAAAACGGUGUACUUUGGGCAUCUUAGGAGCUUGGGAUGAUUAUGUUGCUACCGAUGUUUUUAGGUGUGACUCAAACAGGUGGAAGAUACCUGUAAGAAAAGCUUUACUAAUAAUUCUAAUAAAGUGUGUGUGUUUGUGUGAGAGAGUGUUUGAGUAUCUUAUAAAGAGAGAAUCAGGAGAGCAGUCUGCAAACCCUUAUGGUGCAUUUCCAUCUGUCAUUGGGUGUCCAAUAGUGAUUUUCGAAGCAUGGUGAGGCAUCACAGUGCUUUUUGUCCAGAGAAGAGGAGGGUGGGGAGGGGGGGUACUGAUUAACUAAAGUCCAAAGCGUUUAUGGUUCAAAGUCCAGUUUGGGGUCCCAGUUGGACGGUUUAAUCUUUACAAAUGAUCCUAACUGUCAAGUGUCGUGGUUUCUGCCGGUGGCGUCCAGAGAUCCAGAGAAUUCUCGAUGCUCUCGUGGAUCGGCCACACUGGCUUCUUUUUAAGGUUGACAAAAGGAACUGUGGAGCCACGGUUAAGGCGAUGAAGGCUGUAUACCUCAUUUCUAACUCGAGACUGAGUGAAACACGCUUUAAUCUACUAAUGACAUAAAUGAAAUAUAUUAAAAAUAUAUAGAUAUAAGAACGUUAAAGAUGAAUACAGAAGCUUGUGUCGGCGGAGAAGCCCGUUCAUACCUGUACUUUGUGAAGGCUUGUGGGAAAUGCCACCACACGGGGGAGACAGAUCACAUACCAGUGCUCCUGAAUGUUUUUCUUUCACAAUUUGGUGUUUUUAUGCUGCACACUGAUGUAUAUUUCAGCAUCGGGUGGUAAUGAUUUGUUGUUACUUGAGAUUUAGGUUUAUUUGAGUAUAUUGUAUUCCUUUACUGUUUCAAAGUCACUUUUUGUCAUAAAUAGACGACCCCUCCACGUUUGAACACUUUAAGUUUGACAAUCCUGUUUUGUUGUUUUUUAUUUUUAUUUUUCCCCUCUGACCAAGUACAGGUAUGUACAUGCCUUUCCCACACGACGGCGCUCACGCUUUCCUGUGGUACCAACAUUAACCAAAGACUCCUAACUUGAUUGUAUAUGAGCGAUGCUCGUCUCGGCCCCUCCCCCCUCGACGCUCGGCAUCAGUUCCCGGCUGCGCGCUCUCCACCGUGUCCUCGAUUCAUCUGUAAAAAGUUUGCUUUUAAUUACAUGCGAAUGUGUAUCCGCCCCGGAAACACUCGGCGGUUUCAGUGCCUGUGGGUGGGGACUAAAGAAGCAGGGGGUGGGCACCGGAGACUGAGCGGGCUUCUCCGAAAGACACACCAACCAAUCUGGUGGUAGCUGGGUGGCGUUUGUUAAUACACACUGAGGGUCAACCCUGUGCACACUGAACAUGCUCAGGACUCAUCACCACUCCCCCUGCCUCCAUUGCGCUCUCUCUCUCUCUCUCUCUCUCUCAAGGACUGUGGUGUGAAUCCUAUACCUGCCUCGCUCAGUGUGUCCGUCUCUUCCUCGUCAUCUUUACACUGUAUAGUCCAGAACAUGGACCCUGUUGUCUCCAUGAAUACACAUCCUGCGGCCAGGUUUUGACUCUCACUGCUGUGUCCCCCCGUCCCCCAUGUCGUCUCUUCACUACGGACUCUUCUCAGCUGUGACACUAUGCAUCACGGUCCUUCACUCUGCAUGGACUGUGGCCCUCCGGCUAAGACCUCUGGCCGACAGGCUUCAGUGACACUUUGUGUAAUGCUUUACUCCAGGUGAGGUUGUAGGACCUCACAAGCGCGAUCCCAAAGCAAAAAUCCAAAUAUUUACCUUUUGGCAACUGCAGAUACCAAAGAUAUCUCUCUGUCCUGUGUCUUUCUCUGUUUUCGCUCCCUUCCACCCUGCAGCAUGUGUAUUAGGAGACAAACCCAGCACUGGCUCUAGUCCUAGCCUCAGUAAUUCCAAAGCUAGAUGUAUAUUUUGGUAUAUUUCCAGGAAGAACUUGCGUGGAAAGCGUCUCGUUUGUUUGUUGUAAUCUUUUUAUUUUCUGUCACAGCAUGGAACUAAUUGCAGAACUGUCUUACUCUUGGUAGGUUAAAGAUAAUGUAUUUUUGUAUGUUUUGGGAUUUGUCAUGUGUGUGAUUAUCAGUUCACAGCCUAAGUGACCAUAGCUUUCAACAAGGAAAAAUAAAAACAAAAAAAAGGAAACGCCAACCAUGUAAAUAUUUUGUCUGUGUAUCUCAAGAACUGCAUUCUGUAAAACAUUUACUACUCGCGUGGAAAGCAUGGGCUCCUCUAAAGCAAUGUUUCCCCAAUUUAUUGUCCCUUUUUCUUAUUCUGACGUCUUCUAGUAAUUGUCUCUGCAGGAGUCUUAACGUAAAGAAUCCUGCUUUCCAUCAUUGACAAAUCGCUGAGACACACUGCUCCAAAAUGACGAAUAAGGAAAAUAAAACCAAACUAAACUGCCUCCAGUCAUGGCGGCGAAGAACUCAAAGGUUGUGUAGGAGUUUUAAGUAUGUGAAUCUCGAUACUUAGUACAUUUUGAUGCAUUUGUCUGCUGUAUUUUUGUUGGUUUUGUUUUUAUACACAUAUUAAAAUAACAUUUUACUGUAACUGUACAGUUCUCUUUUGUUGUAAACAUCAUUAAAACAUUUUCCAAGUGUU